AUGAGUAAAGCCUCGUCUGGCCCAAAAGCUGGGCGAGAAGGCACAACUCAGGUAAGGUGACGUUAAUGUAUUCUAUGAAAUCUCGCUGAAGGCUAUGACAUAGACUGGGGAUAUGAAUCCAACUGCAGGGUGACACAGACAGAAGGGAGCAAUGAGAUACGAAGUCUGUCCCUCCCACUGCAGGGUGACACAGACAGAAGGGAGCUAUGGGACAUGUAGUCUGUCUCUCCCACUGCAGGGUGACACAGACAGAAGGAGCUAUGGGAUACGGAGUCUGUCCCUCCCACUGCAGGGUGACACGGACAGAAGGAGCUAUGGGACACAGAGUCUGUCCCUCCCACUGCAGGGUGACACAGACAGAAGGAGCUAUGGGACACAGAGUCUGUCCCUCCCACUGCAGGGUGACACAGACAGAAGGAGCUAUGGGACACGGAGUCUGUCCCUCCCACUGCAGGGUGACACAGACAGAAGGAGCUAUGGGACACAGAGUCUGUCCCUCCCACUGCAGGGUGACACAGACAGAAGGAGCUAUGGGACACGGAGUCUGUCCCUCCCACUGCAGGGUGACACAGACAGAAGGAGCUAUGGGACACGGAGUCUGUCCCUCCCACUGCAGGGUGACACAGACAGAAGGAGCUAUGGGACACGGAGUCUGUCCCUCCCACUGCAGGGUGACACAGACAGUAGGAGCUAUGGGACACAGAGUCUGUCCCUCCCACUGCAGGGUGACACAGUCAGUCAGAUAGUAGUAAUAAUAUUAAUAACCAUAAAAGCAGUAAUAAUAUGUGAUAAGGAAAGCAGCAGUAAUAAUAUUAUAGCAGUAAUAUUAAUAGCAGUAAUAGUAAUAAUAAUAACAGUAAUAAUGAUAUGGUGUGAGGGGAUUUCAGCUAGGCCCAAAAUUAAGUAGGCCUAAAAUCUCCACAUGGCAUUUAGAAGUACAGGUAUCUGUUGUAUCUGUUAGUUACAUGUAGCUAAGAUACCGUCAUUAAUGUACUGAGCAUGUGCAAGAACUGAAACCACAUUCCAUUCUCCUAAAAGGGCCGUUGCCUGUCCAUAUAAGGUGAUCCUGUGUAUCCUGUUUGCAGAUUGGUGUAAGGGUACAGAUGGGGGAUGCAUAGCUUAUAAAAAGCCUCUACUCCAUGUGCUCAGGGAUCAGACAUUUUGAACAGGAGUUCAGCUGAGACCUGAUCAAUGAGAAUAAAGACCUUUACUUCCUGAAAAGACCUGUGUCCGGGACUCUCUGUGCGUGGCUUCCUCAGUGUUUCCCUGCAACAGUGGGAUAAGGAUGUUGUGGAUCAAACCAAGUGUUCAAUUAUUUGAAUAUCUGCCCCUGUCCAAAUUAUUAAAAAUAAUUGCGUGCACGCUCUGAAGUAAAUCACACCAUACACAAGUUUGCAGGUUAAUGAAAAUCUUCGUAAUCUUUACUUAGGAGCCCCUUAUAAAGACAAGAAUACAUCAUAUGCAAAACUGUAGAUAACAGUAAGAAUACAUCUUUAAUUGGUUGUGUUUUAUCUAAUGUACAUCCUAAAAGGCGUGAUGUCACCAUCUUCCCGGGAUUUUACUCCGGAUACAGGCGCCAUCUUGUUACACGAGGUAGUUAGUCGAUGGGAGGGGUUGCUCUAGCCGCCAUUUUGAGUAAAUAUUGAAUACAGGUAUAUAGAGUAAAUAGACACUGUUUUUUUUUGACACUGUUGCACAUAGAAGGCUUAUCAAUAAACUGGAAUCUUUAAAGGGAAACUAUAGUGCCAGGAAAACAAACUCGUUUUCCUGGCACUAUAGCUUCCCCGUCUGUCAAGGCCUAUUAUUCAAUGCUUUCCUAUGGGGAUUCCAUUGGCACUGGAAGUCCUCAUGCAUUAUGUGAGGACAUCCAGCGUAGUUUAGGUGACAACAGUCGCCUAUCCACCCAGAAGUCCCUCUGGUGGCUGUCUGGUAGACAGCCACUAGAGGAGGAGUAAACCAUUGCAGGUAAUUAUUGCAGUUUUUCCAAACUGCAAUAAUUACAUCUCAGGGUUAAGGGUGAUGGGAGCUUGCACCCAGACCACUUGAAUGGGCUGAAGUGGUCUGGAUGCCUACAGUGCCCCUUUAAGUUUGGAUUCCAAUAUUGUUGAAUGGGUAAGGCAGUUGAGAGGCAACAGAGGGUUGUAGUCAAUGGAGUAUAUUCAAAGCUUGGGCUCGUCACCAGUGGGGUACCUCAGGGAUCUGUACUUGGACCCAUUCUCUUUAAUAUUUUUAUUAGUGAUAUUGCAGAAGGUCUUGAUGGUAAGGUAUGUCUUUUUGCUGAUGAUACCAAGAUAUGUAACAGGGUUGAUGUUCCAGGAGGGAUAAGCCAAAUGACAAAUGAUUUAGGUAAACUAGAAAAAUGGUCAGAAUUGUGGCAACUGACAUUUAAUGUGGAUAAGUGCAAGAUAAUGCAUCUUGGACGUAAAAACCCAAGGGCAGAGUACAGAAUAUUUGAUAGAGUCCUAACCUCAACAUCUGAGGAAAGGGAUUUAGGGGUGAUUAUUUCUGAUGACUUAAAGGUAGGCAGACAAUGUAAUAGAGCAGCAGGAAAUGCUAGCAGAAUGCUUGGUUGUAUAGGGAGAGGUAUUAGCAGUAGAAAGAGGGAAGUGCUCAUGCCACUGUACAGAACACUGGUGAGACCUCACUUGGUGUAUUGUAUGCAGUACUGGAGACCGUAUCUUCAGAAGGAUAUUGAUACCUUAGAGAGAGUUCAGAGAAGGGCUACUAAACUGGUUCAUGGAUUGCAGGAUACAACUUACCAGGAAAGAUUAAAGGAUCUUAGCAUGUAUAGCUUGGAGGAAAGACGAGACAGGUGGGAUAUGAUAGAAACAUUUAAAUGCAUAAAUCAACACAGUAAUAGAGGAGACUAUAUUAAAAAGAAAAACGACCACAACAAGAGGACUUUACUGAGAGAGUAGUGGAUGCAUGAAAUAGCCUUCGAGCUGAAGUGAGGGAGUUUAAGCAUGAGUGUGAUAGGCAUAAGGCCAGGGACUUAUUGAAGUAUUUUGAAAUAUUGGGCAGACUAGAUGGGCAGAAUGGUUCUUAUCUUCCGUCACAUUCUAUGUUUGUAUAUUAUAACAGUAAUAAUAGUAGCAGUAAUAAUAAUAGCAGGAAUAAUGACAUGGGAUAAAGAAACCAGCAGUUAUAAUAUUAUAAUAGAAGUAAUGAUAACAUGGAAUAAGAAAAGCAGUAAUAAUAAUGUCUAAUGUUUUAUAAACACUUAUCUGUCUAUAUCUCUUACAGUCCAUGCAUAGAACAUCCAAGUCUCGUGCAGAGAAGUCCCGUAUGACAGCAGUACCCGUGCAGCCCCCAGUUACCGUGGAGAUAGUGCCAGGUCGUCUCACGGAGGAGGACUGGGUAUCUGUGGUUACUGGGCAAGAUGGAGAAAAAUGUGUGUUAGAGAUUCUGGACUCUGUACUGACACGUGUGAUGGACCAGUGCCACAAGGUUUACCUGGGUCGGCAGGUAAAUGGCAUCUUCAUGGGCAAGAUAUGAACAUGUCCCUUGUUCUGAACUGUUAUGUCUCUGCUCCGAUGUUCUUUGUUACUGAUACUUUCCUCUAUAGCGCUGGCAGAAUCGUCCAGAAGCUGGCAUUUCUCCCUGUGUGGGGCUGCUUCAUAACCAUUAGUGUUUAUGGUGUAUAAAUAGCCCACUAAUAUGCCAUUAAUUGUCAUUCGUUUCAGAUGAUUCCGUACACCAUUAGCCAAGCCAAAAAUGCAAUGAUACAGAUUGUUGAAUGGACAUUUGUUCCUAGAGAUGAAGGAGAAAACAACCUGGAAAUGGAUAUAACUUGGCAAGACCACCAAGAACCCCAUCCUUCUCCUAGUGAAUCAUGGGCACAGGGAUGUGUACCAGUCAGUCAAAUACCACCACCCCCUCGCUCCAGUGAUAAACAGGUAACAAUUAUGAGAUAUUCCCAAAAAUGUUUGAGUCAUACUACUGAUAGUCCUCCUCUGUGAGCAGACCUGACACUUAUAUAUCCCACCAUCCCAAAUCAGUCUAAUACUGACUGUGUCCACCUGUGCUCUCACACCGUCCCAAAUUAGCUUUCUGCUGACUGUAUCCUCCUACAAUCUCUUCCACUAUCCCAAAAGCAGCCUACUACUGAUUGUGUCAUCCUGUAAUCCCUCCAUCCAUCCCAAAUCAGCUUCCUGCUGGUUGUAUCCACCUACAAUCUCUUCCACUAUCCCAAAAUCAGCCUACUACUGAUUGUGUCAUCCUGUAAUCCCUCCAUCCAUCCCAAAUCAGCUUCCUGCUGGCUGUAUCCACCUACAAUCUCUUCCACUAUCCCAAAAUCAGCCUACUACUGAUUGUGUCAUCCAUCCCAAAUCAGCUUCCUGCUGGCUGUAUCCACCUACAACCUCUUCCACUAUCCCAAAAUCAGCCUACUACUGACUGUCUCCACCAAUAAGCCCUUCCAUUAUGCCAAAUUGGCAUUACUUUUACUUUCACCACCAUUAAUUCGUCUCACUAUCCCAAAUCAGCCAUGCUCAGGCUAUCUCCACCAAUAAUAUCUCCCUCCAGUCCAGUUUAGUAUUAUACACCGUGAUUCUAUCCAUUUUAGCAUUAUAUACAGUUAUUUGGUCCAGUUUAGUCUUACACUGAUGAGCCACAACAUUAAAACCACCUGUGUAAUAUUGUAUAGGUCUCCCUUGUGCUGCCAAAACCGCAAAAUGAUGCAUCAAGGCAUGGACUCCACAAGACCUCGGUACAUGUCCUGUGGUAUCUGGCACCAAGACAUUCACAGUAGGUCCAUAAAGUCCUGCAAGUUACAAUUUGGGGCCUCCAUUGAUCAGAUUUGUUUUUUCAGCACAUCCCACAGAUGCUCAAUUUGAUUGAGAACUGGAGAAUUUGUAUUAAAUUAGUUUUUAUUAAUCCAACCAUUGCAUGCAACACAUGGUUCCCUUCUCAAAGGAGAAAUGACAUGUAAAGCAGUACCAUCUUUUAAGAACAAGUAACUGAUACAAAGUAUCCCAUAAUUGGUGAGUUGUAAUGGGUGUAUGAAUCACCAUGCUAAUCCAUCAACAUUAAACAUAUCCCAAGUAAGGAAUAAACAGACAUGCAGUGUUACAUGCAGUUUCACCGGCGGAAGGUCGCCGGCUCCAUAGGUCGAAGGUUCUUCCGGCAAUUUCUCCAUUACAGGGCCAACCACCUUCCAUGACCUACAGAUGUGAAUGAGUGUUCCUCGUUCUUCCCUACAGCGCCAACAGAAAUCUGGCACAGUUGGGUCAUGCCUGUGUGAAGCAGUUGGGGUCAGUUACCAUCUUGAGAGGAUUGUGUACGAAUUUUCCUGCACACGUGCUAACAACAGUGAUUUUUCUUAAAUUAAAACAAGCAUCUUGUCCCAUUCCGUCUCUGUAAACAUCUGCUGGAGGUCUUCCUCCCAGUUCCGAUAUACACGGAGGUGGUAACAAGUAGCAAUUCGCCCCCAGCACAUUAUAGAUUGCUGAGAUGCUUUUGGGAGCCAUUGAGUCUUUCAAGCACAUAUUCUCAAAACCGGUCACAUGGUUUCAGUGGUAUUGAUGAAAUGCAUCGGGCAAUCUGCAUCAUUGCCAUUGAGUGGAGUAGCGUGUGAUUCGUAUCAGGUAAGAGUUCUGCCACCGAUUGAACUUCUCCCCCCUGCCCCAGUAUGUCUCUCACUCGGGGAUGGAAAUUCCAACAAUUUCCCACUGGUGCUCUGUAUGCUGGUCGGGAAGUCAUGGUUGCCUUUCAAUGGGAGCAGUGGGCUCGGUUCUGUAGUCAGAUAAUGCUUGAGACCAUAUCGGUGCCAGAGGGUCAGUCGUUUUCACAAAUGGCUUGGGGGCUGCUGCCCGGCUUCCCUCCUCUCUUUAAUACAUCGGAUCAAAGAUCCAAGUGUAUGCUGUCUGAUUCUAGCUGAAUCCAUUUCCACUACGUUAAUCGUCUAGCUGAGGAUCACCUAGACUGGGUACCUCCGUUGACGUAUACUCCUAGUGCUUUCCGAGGGCUCCUAGUGCUUUCCGAGGGCUCCAAGCACUCCACUUGACACCAUAAGCACUCCAGACCCCACGAACCGCCGCAGCUUGGUUGGGGUCUCGCUCUCUCCUACCCAUCCUGGACCUACGACAAGGUCCCAGGUUCCAGUGGGUGAACCUCUCUUUCCCCAGAGAGUGAAGCAAGAACAGGAGCAAACUCUAACAAGAGCUUAGUGAUUAUUCAAGGGAGUAUGAAGAGCAUAGCAAUCCCUUGUAGCAGAUUCCCCCCAAUAAGAGACAGGACUCUAGAUUGAGGUGAAGUAGAACUGAAGGUUUAUUGCCACAGCCUGGAAUAUAUACAGUUUUUCAGACCAGAGGCAUACCCCCUGAACCUGAUGGAAAACAGGGACAAAUGGAACAUAAACCAAUGGGAACAAUAAUUAGCACUGUAACAUUCCCACAUACAGUCAGCAAUCCCUCCCCUCUGCCUGUGAUAUAAUUAAGGUAGCUAAUGUACUAACUUAAUUAUCCACAGGCAGAAAACACACAUUUUUACCCAAAGUACAGAAACACCCCAAAACUCCAACAUAUCCCCAUAAAUUAUCCCUGGAUAGCCCUGAUAUGGGUGAACAACAUAUCCAAAAAUCACCCAGAUCAGAGCAGGGGUUCAGGAAAUUCCUGAAAGUCUCUUUUGACCGACCGCACGCACGCACAUUUUCAUGCCCAAAACAGUUCCAGAGAAUUAGGCUGUGCGGCCGGUCUAUUUUCAGUGUCUAAGUUCACUUCGAUGGCACCCGUUCGUGCACAUCGUCAAUGUCAUAGUGCCGUUCGAAUUGUCAAAUGCUGUUCGACUCCUGUCGAAGUUCCGGAGAAGGUAAAGUUCAGCAGUGUUCGUGCCGUCACAUGUCCGAUUUGAGUUCCAUGAACUCGAUGACAAAACACCACUGAACAUGUUCGACUAAACGAACGGCGACCACCUAGCCGUUCGUCAAUUUGCUCCCAGCCUGGGAGGUAUAUUGGCUGCACACUCCACUUGUGUGUGGUCCGGCUGUUCGGUAGUUCGAAGUUCCACUUAGACCACUUUGAAAGUUUAAAGGGGCAUUGUGCUAAGUCCCAAUAUGCACAUAGUGUUUUUAAAAGGCAAUACACCCCAGGGGCCAUAGUCACAGGACAAGAGGCUGCCAAAAACCAGUGACGAGGUCACUAUCUCCAUAGGUCCGCUAAGUAGUAUUUUUCAGUUUCAAGCAGGGCUAGUCCACAUCGAAGGUUGGGAAGAGUCAGUUGGGAGUGUGCACUUGCGGUGAUCUACCAUUCCAGAUGGACUUCUUGAUAUUAAAUUUUGACCAUCUUAAAGAAGGUUUGUGAAAACAUAAUGGGCACCAUUUAAUACACAUAAAAAUUUAGGCAGUAGUAAUUUUUACUGCGUUUACGUGGCCUAGCCAAGAUAUAUAAUAGGUGUUUGCCAUGGACCCAGGGUUGCAGGAUAGGGGUUCUUCUUGCUUGGGUAGGAAUUUUACAAGGCCAUUUGUUGUUUCAUGUUGUUUGAAUUAUAUGGAUAAAAUGGAGCUGAGUUUUGGUGGGGCUGAGAAUUGUUUACAGCAAGAAAAACAAAGGAAGAGGAAACGUGUACUGUUAAUUACCCUAUUGUAUGUAAAUGACCCAAUGUGGGAAUAACUACCUCUGCACAGAUGCAAUAAAGUCAGUUCGGUUUAACCCCUACAUGUAGUCUCGACUCAUGGUAUGCAGUAAUCAUUUGCUAUAUUUAACCUCCAAAUGCUGCUCAGAUCCUGAGCACUCCUAAUGGAACCAAAUACUUCGGCUCAGCAAAGUGAUAUUGGAUGGUCCAAAAAUAGCAUAGGAAGCCGAGAAGUAACGGAGGUAAUCAGCCGGAGGAAAGGGGAAGUGAGGGCAGAGUAUUGAAUUGGGGGAACAAGGAAGGGAGGGCAGUGUAUUGAAUUGUUUGAGGGGGAGGGAAGGCAGUGUAUUGAAUUGGGGGAGCAGGGAAGGAAGGGGUGUGACGGAACGCUGUCACUGCGUACCAUCCCACAUGCUUGCCUGCUUAUGGGGUUCAGGUUAGGGCUUUUUCUAUUAUUUAUUUUAUUUAUAAAUGUUUUUCUUUUCUUUUAUAUAUAUCAAAUAUACAAUAGUUAUACAAAUUAUACAAAUUUCAAUAUUACAACAUUAAUAUUACUACAUUAAUAUAUAUUCAUUUGAUUAUCCAUAACAUUAUAUAUAGUUCACAACAGAGAAAAAAACAAACAAAAAAAAACACUCAUAUAUGAAACUCGGUAUGGGAUGGGUCCCAAACUAACAAUUCGUUAUUAUAUAGGAAAUUUGGAAGUCCAGGGUAGCCAUAGCUCUCUUAAAUCUUUAGUUGAAGAUUCCAUCUUAUAUUGGAACCUUAUUUGAUCCAUUAUUUCUUGCCAAAGUGGUGGAUUAGGAGAUUUCCAUGCUCUAGCAAUAUUGAUUUUUAUUGCAAAGAAUAUGUGUGUCAUAAUAUAUUUUUGUUGUUUAUCAGAUGUUUUAUAAUCCAUGUUAAACAAAAACAUUUCGGGACUAAUUACAACAAUCUCCUUAAAGAUACUUUUCAUUAAGCCUAACAUUUGUGUCUUGAUAUUAUUCAGACCCGUACAAGCCCACCAUAUAUGGAGCAUGGUACCCUCUUCUCUUCUACAUCUCCAACAUUCUUUUGAGUAAAAUGGAGAUAUUUUAUGGAGUCUAACCGGGACCAUAUACCACCUAUAGAUGAUCUUUAAGUGUGUUUCGAGUAAGGAUAUAUUAUGUAUACUUUGUUUUACUAACAUUGUAGCAUUUGUCCAAUCUAUCAGUGGGAGGGAUUUCCCCAUAUCCCUCUCCCAUUUACCAAAUGGAGGCACAUCAAUAACAUUGUCUAGUGUAUCAAACAGUUUAUUAAAUCUAGAGAUUCCUCCCUUUUUUUGACUACAAGUAAUAUAAGGUUCAAGAUAGUGAUCUUUAAUCAAUAUUUUAGUUAAAAGAAAAUUCUUGAUCCUUAAGUAUUCAAAUAUUUCCCUAGGUAAAAAUUUAUAUUUAGAUUGUAGUUGUGUAAAUGUCGCCAGUUUAGAUCCCUCAUAUAGAUUUCCAAUUUUUUUUAUUCCAAAAUGUAUCCAUAUUUUGAUAUUUAUAUCUGACAUAGCAUAGUGAAGUAUUUCUAUAGGUGUAUUAGAUAAUAAUUUUCCUUUAAGGUCCAACUUAGUGUUCAAAUAUUUUGCAAAAUCCACCAUAUCUCUUAUGAUUUUAUUAGAAAAUUGCUCCGUAUCCAAAACCCCCAGAUUCAGAAGUCCUAGCCACCCUAGGAUGUAUAGCUUUUGCCCUGGUUCUGAUUUCUGUUCAAUUUUAAUCCAAGAUUUAGAUAUAUUUUGAUCCAAAUUUAACCAUAUCAUAAGUUGAGAAGACCUAUUUGCCUCAUACAUCUUGAUCACAUCAGGAAAUGCUAUAGCCCCUUUCCGGUAACUUCUACAUAAAAUCUCCGUCGCUAUUCUGGGUGGUUUAUCACGCCAUAUAUAGCUAGAGAAUAAACUUUGGAAGCGCUUCAAAGUGCCCCGUUCAAUAUUAUAUGGAAUCAUCCUAAAAAAAUAUAGGAGUUUUGGCAUUAAAUACGAUUUAAUAAUAUUAACUCUUCCUAUCCAAGAUGGUUCUAAUCUCUUCAAUUUAUGUAUCUGAGAUUGUAAAUCUUUAUAUAAAUUGUCAAAGUUUAUCAGAAUUGUCUUUAUAGUAUUAAAUGUUAUCUUUAUACCUAGAUAAUCAAUUUUAUCUUUUAUACAUUCUAUAUGAAAGUGGGAGUACAAAAUUUCUAACUGUGUCUUAGACAAUAAAAAUGGAAGGACUUGAGAUUUAUUAAUAUUGACCUUAUAGUUAGAGAAUUUACUAUAUAUAGAGAUGUCUUCUAGUAACGGUGGAAUUGAUAAUAGGGGUUCAGCGAGAGUAAGUAGGACAUCAUCUGCAAACAGAGAUAUCUUAAUAUAGUCCUCUUGAAAAUCUAUUCCUUUUAUCUUUUCAUUCUGUCUUAUCAUCGUAGCCAACGGUUCGAUUGUAAGAAUAUAUAGGAGUGGAGCUAACGGGCAACCCUGCCUAGUUCCAUUCUUGAUAUCGAAGGGAUCAGAGUCAAAAUAGGGGCUGCUAAUUCUUGCCGAGGAGUUUCUAUAUAAAGAUAAAGUUUUAUUUCUAAAUGCUCCAUCCAGUCCGAAAUGGCCCAUGACAGAGUCCAGGAAUCUCCAAUUGACUCUGUCAAAGGCCUUCUCGGCAUCUAAAGCAAUAAUAACAGCUUCCCUUUGUUGUCCGCUCACUCUAUUUAUUAUAUUAAAGAUCCUCCUUGUAUUAUCAGAGGUACUUCUUCCUUUCACAAAUCCUGACUGGUCCCAAUUAAUCAAGUCUCCCAAUACUUCUUUUAAACGAUUAGCCAAUAUAGCCGAGAAUAUUUUAAUAUCAAUAUUUAUUAGUGAUAUUGGUCUAUAGUUAGCAAUUAUUGUAUUAUCCUUAUCUGGCUUAGGAAUCGGAAUAAUUGUUGCUAACAUCACCUCUUUUGGAAAUGGAACAUCACUAGAUAUUAACGAGUACAUCUCUAAGAGAAUUGGAGUAAUUACUUUCAUAUAUAUUUUAUAAAAAUAGCAGAGACUCCAUCCGGGCCUGGGACCUUAUUUGGUUUUAAUUUCUCUAUCGCUUCUUCAAUUUCCAAUUCUCUAAAAGGAGCAUUUAUAUAUUCUAGUUUCUCUAGGCUUAACUUAGGAAGUCUGAGGUUCUUGAGAAAUCUGUCAAUUUCACCAUUACUUGCCUUGACCUCCUCUAAAUUAUAUAACGAACUAUAAAAUGUUGCAAAAGCCUCUGCUAUAUCUUUAGGUAAAUUUAAAACCUUUCCUCCUUUUGUCAUCAGUUUUUUUAUAGAUUUAUCUUUAUGUUGGUUCUUAAUUUUAUUAGAGAGAUCCCUAUUUAUUUUAUUAUUAUUAUGGUACCAUCUUUGUUUAAGGAAGGAUAGAUUUUUACUAAUCUCCUCAUAUAUUUUAUCCUUAAUAAUUAGCUUUAUAUUAUUAAUUUCCUCUAUUAAUUCCCUAGUUAUUGAUAUUUUAUUUAGUCGUUCCAUUUUCGAUAAUUUAAUACUCAGGACAUGUAAUGAUUGUUACGGUACCUCCAGUAGUAAAAUGUACAAACCGCCGUUUAGCGAGUAUUCCCCGUUCGCAAUAAUGUGGUCGGGUAGCGAGUAUAAUAAAACCAUGCGAACCGCCAGCCAGGAAACACUCCAAACACCCGAACGGUACCUGUACGGCUGAUUCCCUUCUCGAGCUGCAAAUCCACGAACGGCAAAUAGUAACCGAACGUCAAUAACUCCCAAGCGGCAAAUAAUCCAAAUAAGAAGUCGCUAGUCGCUGGUAACCAAAUCCCCCCAAUAACGAGACCAAGCUCCGCUUUGAGGGUAAAACACGAACUGAUUUACUGUGGGCUACCUGCCCGGUAUUUAUGCAGGUCUCCCACUUGGUGGACACUCCCCUAGGGGACCAAAUGGGAGACUGAAAUUACAGAGGGACAUGGGGACAUUUUGGACAUACAUCCCCACAAUAUUCCCAGCAUGCAGUACAGUUCCCUCCCCUCUGCUCGGAGGAUAAUUGGGAAGUAACUCAAUUAUCUCCCCGAGCAGAGGCAAUCGCCAUUUUAAACACAAGUCACAAAAACACAUGAAAAUCCAUAACUUCAUAACAUAACUGCCGAACAUAUUACAUUCGUAUUACGUAUCCCCAGAUAGCCUGGAUCUGAGUGCACAUUAUUGGAGAAUAGCGCUCAGAUCCCAUUCGCAUAGUUCAAUCGCCAUGGAGUCAAAGUCUCUUUCAGUUCCUUAGUAUGCGAUUGACUCCAUGGGACGGCUAUCUGGGUUAAGUCCAUUCGUGUGGUUGAAUCUCCCGAACGGCUGGCAUUUGUAUACUUUUGUCGAUUGAGAAGGGGAGGUCGACGGCUUCAGCGGUGUUCGGCUGAAAAAGUGUCCGUUUUCAGAUCCAUGAAAUAAUCGUCUAACACCGCUGGUCUUUCGCAUGGACAAAAUGGCCGCCGCCUCGUGGUCGACAUACGAACGACGACCACCCGGCAUUCGGUUUUAAUUGAGAAGUGUCUGUGGUUAACCGCAACGUUCUAAUUGGGAUCAAUAGGUUAACCAGCAGCACACUACUCUUCUGGGUGGCCGUCCGUUCGGUAGUUCCGUUCGACAAAACCGACAUUCCCUUGAAUAAAGCAUACGAAUGGGGAAAUUCAUGUAACCGGCAAAACAGGCGAACAAAGCAUUUGUAAUCCAGACAGAUGGGUCUGUCACAAUGAUUCACCUUUCUUUCGUUUAUUUUCAGAACCGAACUUUAUUAAUAGUCCUCUUGUAAAACUUUUUAGGGUACACCAUACAAUUGGUGUUGCAACUUCUCCGUUAUAGUUAGUUUUUAAGAAGUUUUCUAUUUCUAUUUCUAUUUGGUCCUUGAUAUAGUCAAGUUUCAAAAGGCUUUCAUUAAGCCUCCAUUUAGUCCUUGGAGUAUUACCUUCUUUUAUCCUAAUUCUCAAAGAGACUGGGGCAUGAUCCGAAAUUUCUAUAGAGCCAAUUAUAGAUUUUAUGAUGUUAUUUAAAAGACCCUCUUUCACAAAAAACAUAUCAAUACGAGAAUAAGUUUGAUGUACAUGCGAAAAAAAUGUAUAGUCUCUUUCCUGAGGAUUCAUAGUUCACCAGCAGUCAAACAGGGAAUUUUUAGCUAAAAAAUCAGAUAAGCCAAAUAAUCCUAUAUUGCAAGGGUUACCAUUCUCAGAAUAUUUAUGACUUCUAUCUUUAGUUAGGUCAACAACACUAUUAAAAUCUCCUCCUAUUAUAAUACUACCACAGGCAACUUCAUCUACAAUAUCCAUAAUUUGAUCUAACAGAUCUGACGGGUUGUAAUUCGGAGCGUAUAUUGUAGCGGAGAUGCAAUAGUACCCAGGUUAUCUCCGCUUAUAAUCCAAGUGAGACUCAGGAACAAGUAAAUAGUAAAUCCAAAGGCAGGGUCUCCAGCAGGUAAAAUACAGCAAUAUCCCAACAGCAAUCCCAAUAACUGGACGACACACAGUUUCAGGAGCAUAACUGACAAGCCUUUAAUCACAGUCUCCUUAUAAAGCAUGCUCCCAUGCAAGGGAGGGAUUUACAGUAAUUAUUACAGUAGCCAAUCCUGUCCUGGUAACCUCCCACACAUCCCCUCCCCUCAACCAGCAUCAUAAUCCCCUUAGCCAGCACACCAAUUCCCCCCAUUUCUGGAUGUACCCCUAAACGUAGGGGUACCCCUUUAAAUUAUACAUCCCUGGGUAGCCCUGAUCUGGGUGAACAACAUAUCCAAAAAUCACCCAGAUCGGACCAGGGGUUCGGGAAAAGUAUGGAGGGAAUAAAAUGACCGACCGCACGAACAGAGCUAGCCGAAUUCGGUUCCAUGUGAAUGGGCCUUGCGGUCGGUCCUGGCAUAAGGGAAUAAAAAUACACGAAAGCCUCUAGCUAUAGACGCUAGGGGGGUUCGCCUGAAUCCCCUCGUUCGGUAUUCUCUAUUUACCGAACGAGGGGCCGUUCGGUAGUUUGGAACCGAACGGACCAGGGCUGUGGAGGUCUCAGCGGUGUUCGCCUACUCGAGUGUCCGAUUUUAGUUCCAGACACUCGACGGCAAAACACCGCUGUUCGGGAGUUUUAAAAUGGCGCCGCCACGUGUUCGUUUGUCGAAUGGCGGCCACCCCCGAGAACAAAGGACGGCUACUUACUGUUCAAUUACCCGUUCGCAACAAUGUUGCAACGGGUAAUUGAGGACACACUUCACACAAGGAGGUCUGGUUGUUCGGUAGUUUCAUUCGAAUAAACUAAGGGAAUGAAACUACCGAACAAUCAGAGGAAUACAAUUCUUUUUCAAUACACAGAAAAUACAGCAGAUACACGGAUGCAGCUUUAUACAGUAUUUUUGUAGGGUCGCCUGGUGCCAUCCGCUACAUAUAUGUUUACAAAGGUAAAUGUGAGACCAUUGAUUUUUAUAAUUAAAACCUGAUAUCUAUCAUUUUUAUCAGUUAUUGAGUGAAUAACUUCAAAACUAAGUCGGUUUGAAAUAAUAAUAGCCGCUCCCCUUUUUUUCUUCUUACCUUCCAAAUUUGCUGCAUAAACUGUAGGGAAUUUUUUAUAUUUCCAUAGUCUAUCAGGAGUUUCAAUCCAGUGAGUCUCUUGAAUAAAAGCUACGUCAAUUGAAUUUUCAAUUAAGAAUUUAUAUACAGCUCCCCUUUUUUGAGGUGAAUUCAUGCCCUGGACAUUCCAAGUAAUUAUUUUAAGUGACAUCUCUAUUCCAGAAAUCCCUAUCCCAUCCCAGACCAAGUCUCACACAGCUACAUAUUAAAACAAGAAAAAAAAAGAAAAAGAAAAAAAAAAAAACAGCCAAAAAAUACAGAAAAUAAAAAAAAAGAAUAAAUAAGUUGUGAACAAAAAAAACAUAGAGGGGAAUAUACCCCCACCUUUAAUAAUCCAAGAGGAAAUCAUUCCCAUAUGACUCUUGGACUAGCCUGCCCUGAUAUGCAGGAAAAUAGGUUCCAUUGGGGAAUGUAAGAGACACCUUAAUAUAAACAAAUUUUAACCCUUAGCCAACAUUUACACACCCCCAGAACUAUAGCUACAUUUUUAUCCAUUGACAUCAUUUAUAUAUAAAAUAAAGAAUAUGGUUAUUUUAUCACUAACAUUCUUUGUAUAUGUAUAUCUAUAUAAGCUAGACAAGCUUAAGGUAAGAUUAUUAGUUCAAAUUAUUCAUUUUAUAUUCAUCAUUAGAUUCCCCAAAUUAUAAGAUCUAAACAUGUAAACAUGUAGAUAUGGGUAUCGAUAGAUCAUACUAUUAUUUAUAUCAGGGAAUCCAUAUCCAUAAUAACAUAAUAACCAGUCAGAAUGUAAUAUAUUUAUAUGUAUCCUUUCCCCUUUCUUUUCCUUCUCCUCCUUAACCUUAUAUCAUAUUCAACAUAUUAUUAUAUCGAUACAACGUUAAAUAAGUUGUUCCAACUCCUGUUCCAAUAUUACACCAGGAUGGAGAUGAGAGAGAAAAAAAAAAAUAGAUACGUACUUAAAUAAACAAGUUUUACCUUACUCCAUCCUAAAUUUUAUAGUUAGUGAUAAGUGAAUUAUUCCAUAAAUAACUUGCUUCAUAUUUAUAUCGGUGAAUUAAUUAAAACAAUUUUGCUCCUUAUACAUAUAUGUGUUACAAAAUAUUAAUAUAACAACCUGAUAAAAGAAAAAAAAAAAACAUUAUUUACCCCUUUCAUAGUGGUGUCAAUAAAUUUAUUUAAAACGGUUUUGUUCUUUAUGCAGUUAUGUGUUACUAAUUAUUAAUAUAAUAGCCUAAUACUUAUAAGAUCAUUAUUAACCCCCAUUCUCGUAAGUAAAUAGAUGAUUUCACCAUUUCCUUAUAUUUAAUGUGUUAUAAAGUGUCAAUAUAUCACCCUAAUAUUUUAAAUUAGUAAUAUUAACUUAUUUUUAUGUGUUUAUUAUAAAGUAUGAUUGCCUAUUAAAUAUUACAUCCUUUUAUUAUAAAUAUAUCCCUCUAAUAGUGUCUUCCCCCAUCAUUCUCUCUUUCUCCCUUCCUCCUUUACCAGAAAGGAGGGAACUAAAGGAGUCCUGCAGUUAACAUUGUUAUUCUAUGUUAACUUCCAUGUUAACAUAAACUGUUGUACAUCCUCUACAUUUUUUAGAAAAAAUUGUUGAUCUUGAUAAUAGACUUGGAGAGCCGUUGGAAAAUUCCAUUUGUAUUUAAUCCCAUGAGAUCUUAAAGUGGCAGUCUGAGUAGCAAAUUUUUUUCUUGAUUGACGAGUCAUCAUAGACAAAUCAGAAAAUAAUUUUAUAUCUUUAAAUUCAGGAUCAUCCAAUCCUUUAUUCUGCAUAGCUUGCAUAGUCCGAUUCUUCACCUGGUUAUUGGAAAAACAUACUAUUGUAUCUCUGGGCACGUUAGAUGACAAAUGUUUUGGUUUGAUUAAUCUAUGAAAUCUCUCAAAUGGUAAAUCUCGUAGAGGACAGACAGUCAGGAGUAAGUCUUUGAAAGAGGGUUUUUAAAUAUUGUUCCAAUUGAUCAAAUUUGAUAUUUUCAGGAAUCCCUCUUACUUUGAUGUUAUUCCUCCUUGAGCGGUCUUCUAAGUCACCCAUUUUUGUUUCUAUGGUUUGUAUUUUCUCCUCCAGAUAGUUGCAUUUCCUCGUCAGUUCCUCAUUAUUAAUUUGUAUUUGCCUAAGACUGUCCGCUUGUAUUUGCAGAUUUAUAGAUAAAUUUAAAAUCUCCUCUUUUAAUAUUUUGGAAUUAUCUUCUACAUCCUGUUUCAAUUUAAUAUAUACAUUUUCCAAUGCAUCGUUGAGUAUUUGCAAUGUUACCUCCUGAUAUCUGGGUUUGUUCUUGAGCUAGAGACAUGGGAUAGUCUACUCAAAGUACUCCUUUCUUGAAGUUUAGGUGAAUAAAAGAUAUUAAUACCCUUAGUCUUGUUCGAAUUUGUAUUGCUAUUUUUCUCCUUUUCUUUUUUGGGAGGCAUUAUCUUUUAUAGCAAUCUACUUCUGUAAAUAUUUGUUAGAUAUAACUAUGUAUCAAUAUUUAGUUGAGAUAUAAAUUCCGCCGUUAUCUGGCGGAUAUAGCUGUGACUAUUAUCUAAGAGCGAUCACUGUAGACGUCGCAAAUCUAAAAAAACGGUCACUGCGUCUAUAGCAUUUUUUUUCGGGAGUGGUCAUUAAAGAUGGCAUAUACCAAUGUUAAAUUUCAUAUAUAUACAUAAUUAAAAUAGCCGAUUUCUAUUUUGACUGUAGUCCAGCAGUUUUCCCGGCUAACAAACUUCAAUUUCAUAUAUAUACACAAGGUAUCCAGUUAUUAACUUGCACAGCUCCAACCUUCCAACAUCAGUUUUAUCUCCUCAAGCUUAGCGUUUAGCUAUUAUCAAUAUCAUCGUUUAUUUAGGCACAGGUUUCCGCCAUUGUCUAGAGAACAAUCAUUAUAUCUUUAGGGCUUUUUAACAAUGUAUUGCUUGUCUGUGUCUCUCCCCCUCUCCCUUCCUUUCGCAUUGUGUUGUAGACCCCAUGUAGGGGUCUGUGCCUAACAAACCAUUUGUGACAAGAUAAAAGGAUUUCUCUGUACCUGAGAAGGAACUGGAUUGCCUCUUAUGCACAGAUAGGUAAACACAUAAAAGGGAUGUCAGGAUAGUAACAUACAUUGCAGGGUACUGGGGCAGUUCACGUUUUAGCGGGGGUUCCGUUACAGGCAGUGUAUUGAAUUGAGGGAGGAUGAGGGGAGGGCAGUGUAUUGAAUUGGGGGAGGAUGAGGGAAGGGUGUAUUGAAUUGGGGGAGCAGGGGAGGGAGGGCAGUGUAUGAAAUUGGGGGAGUGUGACGGACCUCCGUCCAGGCCACUUCCUAGCCACUUGCAGGGACCCUGGAAAGCUUCAACCCCAGUCGCUCUUCCUCCCGACCAGGCUGCAGCUCUUUUUCCAGGCAGGUAUCAUCCCUUCUGCCUAUUCCUCUGCAAAAAAAUACAAACAGUCAAAUCAUGGCAGACAACAUACAGCAACUUAUUAUAACCCAAUUACAUAUUUAUAAAGGGUUGGGGAAGACUAUAAUUAACAGAAAAUAUCUCUCCUGCCUGCAGAAUUAGCAAUAUGCAAAUCUACCUGAAUAUGCAAGUUAACCAACCUUGCUAUUCAGAUAGUGCAUAUUGCUGUUACUACCAACAGAGGGCACUUCACAGGCUCCAGAGCCAAAUCCAUCCAGUUGGUAGAAAUCAUCAGCAGUACAGGAGAGCAGGUAGUACAUUUAACAGUAUACACACACAAUAUAAACCAUUACAUUGCACACACCCUGCACCUAUAAAGGGUACAGGGUGACUCAAACAUAAGAAAAGUAAAGCAACCUACAUAAAUAGUCUGUCUGAAGGUACAGGUGAUGGGGAAUACCGUCACAGGGAGGAUGAGGGGAGAGAGUGGGCAGUGUAUUGAAUUGGGGGAGGAUUAGGGGAGAUAGAGAGGGCAGUGUAUUUGUGACGAUCACCCCGAGUGAGGAGGGGUAUCUACCACCAGAGAUGUCCUUUUCCCCUAGUCUGAGUAGCGCUGCAGUAUUCUCCAGUUGAUAUCCAAGCAGACCAGGAAUCCAAUAUAGCUAUAGAGCUCUUAUAAGAACUAGUGAUUAUGACAGUAUAGCAGUUCCUUACAAUCAUGAGACAAGGCUGCGUGUUGAGGGUUAAGUGGACUGGUUUAAUGGUAGCCAUACUGGCCUUUUAUGUAAUUCCCCAUGUAAGGGCACUCCCACAUGGACGUUGUUGGGGACUACAAUACAAACUUAUAAACUAAUAAUGACAGAGUUACAAUGUAUGACACUCCCACACAUGGCAUACAAUCCCUCCCCUCUGCCUGGGAGAUAAUCGAGUCAAUUACUGUAUCAACUCAAUUAUCUCCAGGCGAAAAAGAACAUCAUUUAUAGACAAUCUGAAAGUACCCCAAAAGCCCACACAAACCCCAUAAAAAGUACAUCCCCUGAUAGCCCCGAUCUGGGUUAGCAACAUAUCCAGAAAUCACCCAGAUCGGUUCAGGGGUUCGGGAUUCAUAUGGAAGUCUUAUUUCUGAUCGGCCACACAUGAGGCUCCUGCCCGGAAAGCUAGUCGUGUGCCCCUCUUUCGGAAGUUAGGUUUCACCGAACGUCGCCUCUUUCGGAUGACUUGGAACAAACCUAGGUGAUCCUGGAAGUCUCAGCGGUGUUCGGGCCAUCGAGUGUCUGAAAAUAGUUCCAUACACUCGACGACCAAGCACUGCUGGAUGCGUUCAACAAAACAAGAUGGUCACUGCCACGUGUUCGGGCAUAAGAAUGAUGGCCACCCAGUGAACCACUUAGAACGUUCAGUGUUGUGAUUAGAGCAAGUGUUGGUAAGGUAAAUUGGGUCAAUUGGAGACACGCGACUGCUCUGGGUGGUCCAAUGGUUCGGUAUAUUAUUCGGUAUACGAACCAGCUCGGGCAAAUCUGUUCGGUUGGAUUCGUAUACUGAUCCAGGCAAAGUAAACAAGAAUCUCCAGGAACAGGGCAUCUGUUACAGUAUUGAAUUGGGAAGGAUGAGGGGAGGGAGGGCAGUGUAUUGAAUUGGUGGAUGAGGUGAGAGAGUGGGCAGUGUAUUGAAUUGGGGGAGGAUGAGGGGAGUGAGUAAGGGCAGUGUAUUGAAUUGGGGGAGGAUGAGGGGAGUGAGGGAGGGCAGUGUAUUGAAUUGAGGGAGGAUGAGCGGAGAGAGUGGACAGUGUAUUGAAUUGGGGGAUGAUGAGGGGAGAGAGUGUAUUUAAUUGGGAAUGAUGAGGGGAGAGGGGGGCAGUGUAUUGAACUGAGGGAGGAUGAGGGGAGGCAUGGAGGGCAGUGUAUUAAAUUUGGGGAGGAUGAGGGGUGGGAGGGUAGUGUAUUGAAUUGGGGAGGGAGGGCAGUGUAUUGAAUUGAGGGAGGAUGAGGGGAGGGGGCCAGUGUAAUGAAUUGGGGAAGGAUGAGGGAAGGAGGACAGUUUAUUGAAUUGGAUAGGAUGAGGGGGAGGCAGUGUAUUGAAUUGGGGAAGGAUGAGGGGAGGGAGGGCAGUGUAUUGAAUUGAGGGAGGAUGAGGGGGGCAGUGUAAUGAAUUGGGGAAGGAUGAGGGGAGGGAGAGCAGUAUAUUGAAUGGGGGGAGGGCAGUGUAUUGAAUUGGGGGAAGAUGAGGGGAGGGGGGGCAAUGUAUUGAAUUGGGGGAGGAUGAGGGGAGAGACUGGGCAGUGUAUUCUGUACUUUUACUGUAUUGUGUACUCUCUGUCAAAUUAUGACUUCCAUGGAAAUCCCAAAUCCCUGAACCGAUCUGGGUGAUUUUUGGAUAUGUUGGUUACCCAGAUUGGGGUUAUCCGGGGAUGUGACGUUUGUGGGGUUUCCAUGUGUUUUGGGAAUACUUUCGGGAUAUUGUAAAAUAUAUGUUUUCUGUGCCUUGAGAUAAUUGAGUUUAGUGUAGUUCCUGACUCAAUUAUCUCCUUGGCACAGUGGAGGGAUUAUCUUAUUUUGUGUGGGAGUGUCCUGGACCUGAGAGCCAAUGUUUUACUGUAGUCUCCUCUCGGGUCCAGAGGGGAAUGCCCCUGAUAUAUAUAUAUAUAUAUAUAUAUAUAUAUAUAUAUAUAUCUCCAGAAACCCCUUGCAUGGGGAGUUGCAUAUAAGACUGCAUGUGGCUCCCAUUAAAUCAGUUUCUCUUCACCCUCAACAUAGAGCCUCGUCUCAUGGGAGGGAGGAUGAUGGGUACCAGUGUAUUGAAUUGGGGAAGGAUGAGGGGAGGGACGGCAGUGUAUUGAAUUGGGGAAGGAUGAGGGGAGGGAGGGCAGUGUAUUGAAUUGAAGGAGGAUGAGGGGUACCAGUGUAUUGAAUUGGGGAGGUUGAGGGGAGGGAGAACAUUAAAAUGAGGGGAGGGUGGGCAGUGUAUUGAAUUGAGGGAGGAUGAGGGGUACCAGUGUAUUAAAAUGAGGGAGGAUGAGGGGAGGCAGGGCAAUGUAUAGAAUUUGGGGAGGAUCAGGGAGAGAGGACAGUGUAUUGAAUUGGGGCCGGGGUGUAUUAAAUUGGUGGUAGGGAGUGGGGUGUAUUAAAUUAGGGGAGGGGGGAAGAAUGUGUUAAAUGUGUUAAUAGUCUUUAAGCUCAUAAAAGUAUUUUUUUAAGGUUUUGACUUUUUAAAUCUUAAGAUUUGUUUCCCCUCUACAUGCUGAACCCUAUGCCCCCCUACACAACAUCCUCAUAAAUACAUUCUAAAGACUUUUAUACACACACACACACACAGCAACCCCAACGCAAACUCUCUGUAGCCCCAUACACACUACAUACAUAUACAUAAACAUUAGAUACACAUAUACACACACUACAGCCCCUAGAUGCGCACACACACACACACACACACACACACACACCUUCUAGACACACAAACUCUCUAUAGCCCCUAAACUCACAAACUACAGUUCAUAUACAAACACUACCCUGAAACACAAACUACAGCCCCUAUACAUAAAAUCGCACAUUACAGCUCCUGUAACCCGCUACAACCCCUAGAUACACCCACACGCACACAACAGUUCCGAUACACAUACAAGCACAGUACACUCUCUAGAAGUACUUCAAAUACACACACAGACACACACUCUCUAUAGCUCUAGACUCACACUUUACAUCCAGUGGAAACAUAUAAACACACUUCAGUCCACAACAGACUCCUUUAAACACAAACCACAGUCAAACCUAUGCACACGCAAAUCUCACAAUCAGCUUCCAACCACAUACAGUGCCACAGAGAGCCUCCCCACAAAUUCCAACACCCUUAACUGGCCAUACCCCACUUUUGUCCUCUGUUAUCCCUUUUAUAGGGACACCAUAGACAAGUCACAAGCAAUCGCAGAGCUGUGAAAAAUAAACACAGGGCAUUGGUCCCAUGCAAGUGCUCUUCAACAGGGCUCUGCGCAUGAAAUGCCCUGGAGGGAUAGCAGAUUAGCAUACUCACUUUGAGGUGGUUUGCAUGUCAUUAUUGAUGACAUGAAACGCCCACUUUAUGUCCCUGCCCCCUCUAACCAGGCUGCUCUGCCUUUAAAGGCCCAAGCUGAAUUAUUUUCCCAGUCCGGCCCUGAUACAAAUCCAUAGGGUCCAUAGUCCACCAAUCCCCAAGAUAUUGCAGAUGCGAUUUACAUGACCUGAUUGGGAGUUGAGGCGUUGAGUUGAUAUCAAACAGGUCUGAUAAGGCUCCAUUGAUUCUUAAAGGACCACUAUAGUGCCAGGAAAACAUACUCGUUUUCCUGGCACUAUAGUGCCCUGAGGGUGCUAUGUUUAUAAAAAAAAUGGGUUAACCCUAGAAGGACCUGGUACCCAGACCACUUCAUUAAGCUGAAGUGGUCUGAGUGCCUAGAGUGGUCCUUUAAUCGUCCUAUCAGAUUGGAAUUUAAAGUGGAAUUCCAGGACAUAAAUUUCUGUCCCACGCCCAUCUCCCGUAGUAUGCUUAACAUGAACUCCCAGUCCACAUUGUCAAACACUUUUACGGCAUCUGUGGACAGGAGUAGAACUGGUGGGCCACCGUGUCAAGCCAUUGCAAUUUGCUUUAUCCCGGACCUCCCUGCCCGAGAUGAACCCGGUUUGGUCCAGUUUAAUAGUGCCCUGCAACAGAGGGGAGAUGCAGUUGGCAAGGACCUUGAAAAGAAACUGGAGAUCAUUGUUCAACACAGAUGUCGGCCGGUAGCUCUGGCAAAGGGUCGGGUCCUUGCCGUCUUUGGGCAAAAGUGUAAUAUUAGUCCAAGUGAACUGUGGGAAUGAAAGUCCAUCUGCGUUCCCAUUUUGUUUGCCUGGACGGUAGUGAAUGGUGAAGUCGUAAGGCUGUAGGGCAAGACUCCACCGUAGCAGACGGGCAUUAUCUCCAGCGACCCAGUUGAGCCAGACUAGGGGGUUGUGGUCUGUGAUGAGAGUGAAGGCGCGGCCAUACAGAUAAGGGGUCAGUUUCUUGAGUGCCCAGACUAGGGCCAAACACUCUUUCUCAAUGGCCGCGUAGCUGACCUCCCUAGGCAAAAGAUUCCUACUCCGAUAAGCCACCGGGUGCUCCCCACCGUCUUCUCCGAUUUGGCUCAAAACUGCCUCUAGUCCAAACAUGGAAGCGUCUGUAUGGACGAUAAAGCGUUUGUUAGGAUCUGAGGCAGCCAAAACAGGGGCAUUGACAAGAGCUUGUUUUAGAGCUUGGAAAGCCACCUCACACUCCGGGAACCACAGGACCUGUCGGGGUAGCUUCUUUUUAGGUCGGGUACAAAACGCCUGUAAUAGCCAUCUGUCCCUAGGAAGGUAUGGGGAGUGGGCCAGUUAGCAACGGCCUCGAUCUUAGCUGGCUCUGGUCGUUGCUUACCACAUCUAACAUGGUGCCCCAAAUAUUGCACCUCCGCCAUACCGAUGUGACACUUGUCAGGCUUCAAGGUCAAACCGGCACCCCUAAUCCUAUCUAUCACUGUCCCUAUGUGUUCUUGGUGAGCCUCCCAGGUGUCGCUAUAAAUAGCGAUGUCGUCCAGGUAUGCACAAGCAUAGUCCUGGAGACCAUUUAGGAGGCGGUCUACCAUCCUUUGGAAGGUGGCUGGAGCGUUCUUCAUCCCUAACGGCAUAACUCGAAAUUGGUCUAUCGCGAACGGGGUGAUGAAGGCUGACUUGGGGACAGCUUCUUCUGCUAGGGUGAUCUGCCAGUAUCCCUUGCAGAGGUCGAUAGUGGUCAGAUAUUUCCCUUUCGAUAUACGGUCGAGUAGUUCGUCUAUCCGGGGCAUCGGGUAGGCGUCUGUCACCGUUUUGUUGUUGAGCUGCCUGUAAUCGAAGGCCCAAUGACUCUCUGAGUGUUCUAUAACUCCUAGGCGAAGCAUCUCCUCUAUUUCCUUCCGCAUCCCGUCCUCAACAGCUUCGGGAAUGCGGUACGGGGGUUGUCUCAAGGGAGCCUGUCCUUGUGGACCGCUAACGGGGUAUACCCGGGUUUCUGGGAGAACGUGGUUUGUUUGGCUUCCAGCAGGUGGUUGGCUUGAGCCCGUUCGUAGGGUCCCCAGUUGGACUAACUCUAUAUUCCUCGUCUCCCCGUCACCCCCUAACAGGUCUGGUAAGGGUAAGGCUUCUGUGUCCUCCCCUGCUGGGGCACAUAUGGCCGUCACUUCUUCGGCCCUUUCUUUAUAGGCUUUGAGCAUACUGAUGUGAAACGUCCGUCUCACAUCCUCAUUCUCACAGCUAGCUAUGACGUAGGUGGUAUCGCACACCUGCCCAAUAACCUUAUACGGAUCCUGCCAGGCUGCCUGAGGCUUGUCUUUCCAGAUUGGCUUUAGAACCAUAACUUUUUGUCCAAUUUGAAAGCUCCGGUGCUUGGCUCUCCGGUCGUACCAUACUCUCUGGUGCUGCUGGGCCGCUUGGAGGUUUUCCCUAACUGUCUGAGCCAAUUCCUCCAUGCGGUCCCUCAGCUCCAGCACAUAGGGCACAAUCGGAGUCCCCUCUAUCUCUGUCUGGCCCUUCCAAUGAUAUUUAAUAAGGUCUAGGGUCCCCUCAUGCGCCUCCCGUACAACACCUCAAAGGGCGAAAAUCCCAUUGAUUCCUGGGGCACCUCCCGGUACGCAAAGAGGAGAUUCAUCAGGAAUCGCUCCCAGUCUUUGUAGGCGCCCGUGAACGUCUUAAGGAUCUGCUUCAGAGUCCCGUUAAAGCGCUCACAGAGACCGUUAGUCUGAGGAUGGUACGGGGAGCUGUUCAGGGGUUUAAUCCCACAAACCUUCCAAUACUGCUGAGUCAAUUCUGCAGUGAACUGCGUACCCCGGUCAGAUAAAAUCUCUUUGGGAAAUCCCACCCGAGAGAAGAUCUUGACCAGGGCAUCAGCCACAGUCUCAACGUGGAUGUUGGAGACAGCUACUGCCUCUGGGUAGUGGGUGGCGUAGUCCACUACGGUAAGUAUAUAGCGCUUACCGGAGUGGCUAGGCUGGGCAAGUGGAAUCUACCGCUACCUUCGUGAAGGGUUCCUCUAUGAUGGGCAUCAGGACCAUUUUGGCUUUAGAGUUGUCUCCCUUUUUUUAAAAUAUAUAGUAAUGGUGAAAUAUAUAAAUAAAAGAAAAGAAAGGGUAGUUCCACACAAUCACCAGCGACUAAUAUUGAGUGAGAGCUCACAAAUUGUAAUAGUGUGGACACUUACCCAGUCAAAAAAUAAAAAUUAUUAUAAUUAUGAAUAAAUAAACCACUGUUUAUUCGUCAGAAACAGUUAGAUAAUAGUUAUCAAAAAUACCAAAGAUAAUCUGAACCUGUUAUAUAAACAAUUAAAAACAAUAUCGCUAUCGUAACCACACAGCUCUAUAAUGAGUAAGGAAAUUAAGUGGUAAAAACACCCAGACUCUACGUAAAAAAUAACAAAGUGUCUGAGUGUUUCCCCACCCCAAACCCAGACACAAAUAUGUAUGCGGAUAUACUGUGAUAGAGAAAUAUAGACACAAUACCUCUCCUCGGUGUGGGCCCCCACCGAGGUAAAAAAAGGGGGCAGAGAGUCUAAAAAUAUAAUAAGGAAGAAUGCGGCACACUUUAUGUCCUUUAGAGUCGUUGACUGAUGCACCGCGGUCGGAGUCUUCGAAAAAGACCGCGGUGUGGAUCGAAAAUGUACCCCGACACAAUUAAGUAUAGCUUCAGAGGUAAAAUCCAACAAACAUAGCCAAACGAAGGAAAGACUGCCAAAAUAGAUGUAUACUUCCUGCUUUCACUCCAAAACAGCAAUCAAAUAACAGCAGGUCCAGAACUCAGCCUGUCUACGUGUUUCGUCCCUCCCACGGGACUUUAUCAAGACUCCCUUUUUACCUACUCUUUGGCACACCUCACAUGUCUGGCAAUAAUUCCAGACGUCAUCGGAUACCCCAAGCCAGAAAAAGUUCUGGGUUACCCGGUGUAACGUCCGGCGUAUCCCCAAAUGCCCUGCUAAUGGGACAUCAUGCCCUAUUAGCAACAACUCCCGCCGGUACUUCUUUGGGAUUACCAGCGUGCGUUUUUUGCCGGGGUCCGGGUGCGUUGACCCGGGACUCCGUAAGCCUGUACAACCGGCUACCCUCCCAGACUAGCUGCUCCCCUCCUAGUCCCCCUUGAUCUACCCUAGCCUUUUCCCUGUACUUUCUUAGUGAGUGGUCCCCCACUACUUCCCUCUCAAAAUCCUCCGGGGUAUCCUAGGGAAGGGGCUCUACAGUCAGGGGCGGGGUAGGUUGUCUUACCUGGGUCUCAGUAGGAGGCGGAUGGCUCUCGGCAGCACGGCUUUGGGCUCUGGUGGUUACGGCUUGAGCAUCGUGAGUAGGUGUGGGUAUGAAGGAGGAGGUUAGCGGCCCAAUGUCCUUUCCCAAUACGACCUCUGCUGGCAAUUCCUUCAUGACCCCCACAUUGACAUUGCUGGCUCCGGCACCCCAGUCUAGGUGGACCUUGGCAAUGGGAAUCCGAUAUAUAGCCCCCCUGGCUACUCGAACAGCAAUGGAUUACCCGGUCGUUCUAAAUUGUCGAUCAAGAGCCUCUGGACUAAAGUGAUGGUGGCUCCAGUGUCCCUAAGGCCUCGGGCAGUUUUCCCAUUGACCAUCACUAACUGACAAUGGUGUUUCUGGUUGUCAGUGAUGGUGGACUGGACCAGGUGGGCUUCAUGGAGCUCCUCGUGGCUCAAUUCCCUGGCGUCCCAAGCAGUGGGUGCAGGGUAAUCCACGCAAUGUGCUGCUUCCCGGGGGUUGGAAAACCCAGGGCGAGUCCAGUUGGACCUGGGGGCUUCCAGGGGACAGUUGUUGCGCAGGUGCCCCAGUUACUUGCAGCGAAAACAGCGGGGCUCGUUGUUAGCUGGGCGUCCAGGGUCUGGUAUCUUGCUACUGCUGGUUGUGGUGGCGUCUCGGUCUGAAGAGGCUGAACCUGAGGUUUAGCACGCUCUGCCUUGCGGGCAUCAGUGUACUCAUCCACAAGUUUGGUUGCCUUGGGUAGGGAGAGGGGUCUGUGGUCUCUUACCAAGUCCUUGACGUCUGUCUGGAUAUGGUUAUAAAACUGUUCUAGUAGGAUAAGCUGCAAGAUGUCAUCUACAGUGGCUGCUUGGCAGCUUGUAAUCCAAUAGGAGGCUGAUAACUGUAAGUAGCAGGCCCAUUCUGUAUAGGGAUCCUUGUCCACUUAGCGAGAUUCCCAGAAUUUCCUGCGGUAUGCCUCAGGAGCGCCUCUUUUACCCACUCAUAACUGUGGAUCUCCUGAUCUGAAACUGCCCUGAAGGCGUCGGCUGCUUUGCCAGACAGCUUUCCUGCUAAUAUCUGGACCCAUUCGUCUGGAGCCACUUUGUGUAGAGCACACUGGCGCUCAAAAUCUGCCAGAUAGCCAUCAAUUUCGCUUUCUGUCUCAUUUAAACUUUUAAAAGCGCUGAAGGAAAUCUUCCGCGAUUUGACUAUGCUGUUACCCCCGUUCGGUGAAAUUGCUGCUGUUCGUUGGUUUUCAGCCAGCUUCAGUUGUAGCUUUCGCUGUUCUUUUGUGUUAGCAUUUUCAGUCACAUUGUUAAUCAUCUGGAUGAUGAUUUCAGGAGGUGGGUUUGGCCCGAACAGUGGCAAUCGUUCACUGAUCUCCCUGUUGAUCGAUGUUUCAUUUUCCCGAACGGUCGGUUUUGCCGCAGCCAAGUUCUCUCGGUCUAGCUCCAUUAAUUAGUUGAUUAUGCAGGAAAAAGGGAUGAUCCCGCCGCUGCCAACCAGUUGUGAUGGUCAGAAUAGUUAUUCCCGUCUGGUAUUUCCUCAUUCCAUGAAAUAAUAUCGCCAGUAAUCCAAAAGGUUCCAAUAUCGCUGGUGUCGCAUAAUAACCCACACGUGAGCCAAAGCUUAAUGCUGGGACAAGACUGGUUUAAUGGAAAAACAGGCAUCCAAUUUAUACACAUGACACCUCCUCUGAGCCAGCGAGAUAAUGGAGUUUUGGAAACAUGCUAAAAUCAAUUAUCUGCUAGCCAGAAAAAGUUAACAUUGUCACAAUUUUUUAGAAAUACCCCAAAAAUACAUAAAAACCCCACAAACAUCAUAUCCCUCGGUAGCUGAACUCUGUGGGAGAAACAUAUUAAAAUUUCAGCCAAAUCCGUUUGGUAGUUUUCGAACGGAAACCAUGUUGAAGGUUGACAGGUCUACCACGAGGGUGAAGCCGAUAAACCAUUCCAGAAGAUUUGUGGCAAGAACCGGUCUCCGUUCGUGUAGAUUCAUAUGAAAACCGCAAUAGGUAAAAUAGAAAUGGUUCGUGUAGAAUGCUCCUGUCGUUCGUCGGUUUCAAACUCCCGAAAGCCGUUCGUCUACAGUGCUGGGGAAUAGAACAUAGGGGACUUCCAUAUAGACUGGGGUUCGUGCGAGUGCCAAAAAUGACCAAGUCCAACUGGCCACAUUCGGGAGACAAGAUGGCUGCCGUCCAUUGUUCUCACCACGUGCGUUCGUAUGCAAGAAAUGGCGGCCACCUAGGAGUAGUCAAUUAGUCUGCGGUUUCCGUAUUGCUACACAGUGUUCCAAGUUCGAAUUAGUCCCAGGGUGGUCUCAGUUCGGUAAAACAUAUGAUUUAACGAACGGACAUAAAAUAAAACAAAAAACUAAGGGAAGUAGAUAGCAGGGAGUGCAAAUCGCCGAAUGGUGCUGGGAAUUCCUUCACAAUAGUUGUGCAUUGCAUUGUUUGAGUAGGUUUGUCAGAAGGCAUUUGUUUCCAUGUCCAUGUUCGCGGAAGUGUUGAUAUGAGCGUUGUAUAUACUGGUGAGAAAGCUGGCUUCUCUUCAGAAGGAGUUCCGUAUUUGCAUUUUUUAUUCUUUUUUAUUGAGGCAUGGAAAGUACAAUACAGAAAGAAGAAAGGGCAGUUAUAUCUGUUGUAAAGGCAAUGCAUCCUAAGAUAUAGUACCAGCUGAGGCAAACCUAUCCACUUAAUACUAUUCCUUUAUAUCUAAUGGUUGUCCUAGAAAGGCUGUUUAAUUUAUGUUGUUUCAUGUUGUUCGCUUAAAAAGGAGAUAGAGGGCAUUCAUAUGCUAGUGGUGCGAAAGCCGCUAGCAUUCAUAUGGUAGUUUCACGAACAGUGACUUUCAACACUGUUCGUGAAACGAACAAGGUACCGAAUGGGAGACCACACACAGGAGGUCGUGUGGCUCCCAUUAACAGUUUGCAACAAUGUAUCGUUCCUCAGUUAAUUGAUUCGCGGGGUGGCCGCCGUUCGGAUACCGACCACGCGUCGGUGGCCAUCUUGGAUUCACUUUUAGCCCAGCUGUGUUUGGUCGUCGAGUGCCAGGAACUAAAAUCGGCUACUCGACGGCACGAACACCGCAGGACUUCCAGAUCGUUCUGGAACACCGGUCUUUCAGUACUUUCCCUCAAACUGUGCAUUCGUGUCUUUUCUGAUGAGUUUAUAUUAAAGUGUAUUUCGUAUGGCAUUCGGCUAAUUGUGCUGGGAUCUGAGCGGUAGUUUCCUGAAGUAUGCGCUCAGAUCCCAGCUAUCUACCUAUAUGUAAUUCGGUCAAAUAGCACGAAUAACGUUCAAGUUAUAUAUUUUUAAGUAAAAAGGCCGGUUCUGCUGUACAGAGGGAUAAUCCACUUAUGGGAGUAUCCCUCUUGUACAGCAGUGCCUGGUGGGAAAAAUGUCCUGUAUGUUCAGUUCCCCAUGUAGUCCCUGUAACUGAUCACCUGGCACCCCAACUGGGUGUCUCUGUUGAUAGAUGCUCCUAGCGCUUCUUGAGGAUUCCAAGCACUCUAGCCGACACCACAACCACCGCAGGCCAAACCGCUCUUCCUUCAGAGCGAAGCAGGAACGAGCUCUUAAAAGAGCUUAGGAGUGAUUAUAGCAAGGGAAUAUGCAGAGCAUAGCAAUCCCUUGUAGCAGAUUCCCCCAAAAUGAGACAGGACUCCAAAUUGAGGGUGAAGUAGAACUGUCUAAAACUUUAUUUUACUUGGGACUAGUCCAUAUGGUCAUUACAUUAAAAUUGCUGUGAAAACUCAAUAAAAUUACAAACAGUCAAAUCAUAGCAGGCAACAUACAGUGACUUAUUAUAACAUAAUUACAUAUUUAUAAAUGGGUGGAGAACAUAAUUAACACAAAAUGACUCUCCUGCAUGCAGAAUUAGCAAUAUGCAAAUCUACCCGAAUAUGCAAAUUACCAGUCUUGCUAUUCAGGUAGUGCAUAUUACUGUUGCUACCAACAGAGGGCACUACACAAGCUCCAUAGUCAAAUCCACCUAGUUGGUAGCAAUCCUCAGCAGUACAGGAGAGCAGGCAUUACAUCCCAGGGGCCAUAGUCACAUGGCAGGAGGCUGGCAAUCAGUCUUAUCCAAUGCCCAGUGGCGAGGCUGGUUCCUCCACAGUCCCCUACUGUACAACCCCUGUAAAGUGAUUAAGGAAACCCCUUGCAUGAGGAACCACAUAAAUACUGGGACCUGUGAAUAAAAACCUCAGUUGACUCCCAGCACUGUGUUUCAUCCGGUUACUGGGGGAUUUGGGAUAUUGCCUUCAUUCAGGGCUUUUCUUGGAUUACUUUCUUUUACCAGCGGAGAUAUUGGGAUUUAAUAUUGCAGCUCCGCUACACCAGUGAUAGACAUCUGUGUGGCUGACCGCCAGUAUAUCGCCGCAACGGACUCCCUUUCCCAGUGUGACGUAGCUCUAUCAAGUAGUGAAAGUGAAUAUAGCUGGUAUAGCAUUACCCCCAUACAUUAUUCGAGACUGAAUGCUGGGAGUAGAUCUCUCUUUAUUUCAGGCAAGCACUCUCAAUUUAUAAACAGACCCCCAUCAGGGGGUCUCCAUACAGAAACACAGUAAACUCCUCCCUCUGUCUGAGAGAUAAUUGAGUCAGGAAACUAACUCCAUUAUCUCUCAGGUACAGGAAAACAUAAGCAACCAAUCUUACAACACCCCAAAAGUAACCCAAAAAUACAUGGAAAGAGUCCCAUCCCCGGAUAGCCCUGAUCUGAGCGCCCAACAUAUCUAAAAAGCGCUCCGAUUGGUUUGGUGGUUUGGAACUGCAACGGGGUAAAGUUUUGACCGGUCGGCCACGAGAUAAAAGUUCCCACCAGUUCCAGGGAAAUGGUGGGAACAACUGGUCUCAGUUCGGGAGUUUCUGUAAGAAAAACCACACAAGAUAUCUGUAAUGGAUCCCAGUAUUCCAGCUGAGUACAUCCGUGUAGAAUCUCCCAAGUCUCAAGCGUCGUAGUGUUUAUAAGUGUGACUAUAACUCCCAAUGAAGGGGUAAAAUGAUCUGGUUAAUCCAGGCUCAAUGGCCUGCUUUUAUGCAUUACAAGGACACAGAAAACAUGCCCAUGACACUCCCACACAAAACAGGGUAAUCCCUCCCCUGUGCCUGGGAGAUAAUUGAGUCAGGAACUGUACAAACUCAAUUAUCUCCAGGCACAGAAAAGUUUACAAACACCCCAAAAGUACCUUCAAAACACAUGAAAACCCAUCCCCUGAUAGCCCCGAUCUUGGUGACCAACAUAUCCAAAAAUGACCCAGAUCGUCCUAGGGUUCGAGAUUUCCAUGGAAGUCAAUUAUUUGACCGACCGCGCAUAUGGUCCUAUGUCCAAAACAGUUCCAUGAAAUCAGUGCUAGCGGUUUUUCAACUUUGGUAACAUAAAAACAAAUUGUGGUGAAAGUAACCUCGCCAUGGGCUCUUGGAGGGGCCUGCUGGCCAGCCUCUUGCCAAAAGACUAAGAGCCCUUUAAUCCCUUAAGGACCAAACUUCCAUGGAGAUCCCGAACACCUGAACCAAUCUGGGUGAUUUUGGGAUAUGUUGGUCUCCCAGAUCAGGGCUAUCAGGAGAUGUGACUUUUGUGGGUGUUUCCAUGUGUUUUGGGGGUACUUUUGGGAGAUAAUUGAGUUUAGUGUAGUUCCUGACUCAAUUAUCUCCCAGGCACAGGGGAGGGAUUAUCUUGUUUUGUGUAGGAGUGUCCUGGACCUGAGAGCCAAUGUAAUCAUGUGUAUGUUUUUGCUGUAGUCUACUCUCCAGUGGGGAAUGCCCCUGAUUAUAUAUAUAUAUAUAUAUAUAUAUAUAUAUAUAUAUAUAUAUAUAUAUCUAUCCAGAAACCCCUUGCAUGGGGAGUUGCAUAUAAGACUGCAUGUGGCUCCCAUUAAAUCAGUUCCUUUUCACCCUCAACAUAGAGCUUCGUCUCAUGUGUGGAGGGGACACUCUAGGGAUUGCUAUAAUCACUAUACUCCCUUGGAUUACAACACUUGUCCGCCACAUGAAGUUUAAACGGAUUCCCAAACUGAGGAAGAGAAUGGUUCCUGGGAAGGCAAAACAGGGGUUAAUAAGCCCAGAGGUGGUCCGCAGUUCGUGAAUUUGUUCGGGUCCAGAACAGUACAAAUAAAUCCCACAAACCAAGUCUUUUUACCAGCCUUUUCUAUGGUUCAGUCAGUUGGCCGGAGGCUAGCUUCCACACUCGUCCUGGGGAGGGGGCGUUCGUCACGAUAUCCAAUUGCUUUCACGUAACGAAUUCUCCCCCAUUCGGUAAUUCAUAUCUCCCGAACGCAGUUCAAAUAGGUGGUCGGGAACUGGGACGCGGUGUUCAUGGAAUUGCUUACCUGAAAUGAGUUCCAGGCACUCGAAGACCAGGUACAGCUAACUGCGUUCAGGAGACGAAAUGUCCGCCAUCCAUUCUGCCAUCCACGUGCCACCCAGGUAAGCAUUUAUUAAUUGUUUCCUUUGCGGUUUUGCACCUAAUAAUUGGUGUUCCAUGUUCGAAUGGGGUGCUGGGGUGGUCCUCAUUCGGGAACCGUACCAAGUGAGUUCGAACAACCAUGCGAACAGGGAUAAAAGGAAAUAGUACCGAUCCAAGUGAUAGGGCAUUCCUUCACAAUCUGGCUUUGCAAACUAGCAAUAACUAGGUCAGAGAUUCUGUCCAAAAUAGGUGAACUUAGGCUACACAAAUAAAAUUCAGGCAGUGCUACUUUGAGCAAAGUCCAGGAAGUAAGGCUAAGCACAAGAGUAUGAAUGAGAGUCAGUUGGCAGGCAUCAACCGAUACCAUAAUUACGGUUCAGUAGGAAUCCAGCACCGCUGCCAUGUAAGAUAUGCUGAAUGGUUUCACCGCAACCUCUGGACCUCACAUGGGCAGUUCUUAUGGCAUUAAAAUCGACAUGGCGGUGCACUGUCCUCACCUAUCCCCAAUUAAGUCUGUAAGUGAUGCCUUUACUUCAUCUCCAGAGAAAGGGCUAAACCCCUUCUGGGCACUUGUAGAAAUUGUUGUGGAUGACUGGUGGGCUGACAGUCCAUCUUGGCUUUGUGCCAGGAUGAGUAGGACGUUGCGACUCCACCAGAAUCUUCCUCAGUCCCAGGCUUGGUAGGUGACCGUUGCCUCUGUCUUGCCUCAAUCCGUUCCCAAAAGGUCAAAGACUGCAGCAAGUCGGGACUCCCAUAGAGAUGUGUUCUUGUGGGGUCCCUGAGAUUGCAGGACAAUGGCGGUGUGGCGGGCUUCCUGUAGCUGGUAGCCAUAGAGGCGGGCAGCUUUCUGUAGCUGGGGCUCCCGGGUACAGAGGCUCAUGGGAUGAAAACCCCUUGUCACCAGAGGUGGGAAGCCCUGAGGAUGGGUGGCGGGAACAGGGGACAAAGGGACUGGAGCUCCAUUUCCGUCAGGAGACCCCUGGGAGGGGGAGGACCCUGAAAGGGAACAGGGGACAAAGGGACUAGGGUUCCGGAUCCAUUAUACGACCCCUGGAAGGGGACAUUGUCUUUAUGUGUGAUCCACCCCUUGCAUGGGGAAAAGUAUAAAGCAGAGUGUGGCCAAUAAAGUUGUUGUUGUACCCCUGGAACUGUGUGUCAUCCAGUUACUGGGCAGGGGCGUACCUAGAGCAUUUGGCACCUGGGGCUGGUCCUAUUUUUGGCACCCCCCCCUCAACUUUUAAUAUUAAAAACAUCCCAAUUUUUUUUUUUAAUGUAUUUAGCACUGAGCAGUGUUUGUGUGUCAUGCAUGCAUGCAUGUUUUUGUAUGGAGUAUAUGUGAGUGAAUGUAGCGGUGUGUUUGUAUGUAGUGUUGGCGUUUGAAUGCAAGCAUGCAUUUGUGUGUUGUGUAGUAUUUGAAUGUAGUGAUAUGUGUAGCGGAGAGGUAGUAUCAUUCACAAUAUCUCCAGUGGUAGACAGUAACAGCAUGUAGUAAUCCAGGUAAAACAAGUACAGCAUACAAUAAUCCCGGUAGCGUUAUACAGAUCCUUCCUUCCCAAGGGCUAGACGACACAUAGGCUGGGAGUCAACUGAGGUUUUAUUCACAAGCUCCAGUAUUUAUGUGGUUCCCCAUGCAAGGGGUUUCCUUACUGACUUUACAGGGGUUGUACAGUAGGGGACUACAUGGGGAACUUAACAAUCAGAGCAUUUCUCCCAACAUGCACUGCUGUAUGAGAGGGAUACUGUCACUGUUAAGUGGAUUAUCCCUCCAUACAGCAGAACUGGCUUUUUACACAAAAAUCUAUAACUCUAAUAUUAUUCGUGCUAUUGUACCGAAUAACCGUUCGGCAGUUAGCUGGGGUCUGAGCACAUACUUUGUGAAAGUACCGCUCAGAUCCCAGCACAAUUAGCUGAACGCCGCACGAAAUACACUUGAACACAAAUUCUUCACAAAAGUCCCGAAUACACAUGCAGAGAUAAAAUACCGAAAGACCGGUGCUCCCGAAUGGCCUGGAAGUCCAGCAGUAUUCGUGCCGUCGAGUAGCCGAUUUUAGGUCCAGGCACUCGACGACCAAACACCGCUGGGCUAACAAAGGAUCCAAGAUGGCCGCCGCGUGGUCGGUAUCCGAACAGCGGCCACCCUGAACAUCUAUUAACUGCCGACUGAUACUUUGUUGCGAUCCGUAAUGGGAGCCACACGACCUCUUGUGUGUGGUCUCCCAUUCGGUAGUUUGUUCGUUUCACGAACAGUGUUGAAAUUCACAGGUCAUGAAACUACUGUAUGAAUGCUGGUGGCUUUCGUGCCGCCAGCAUACGAAUGCUCUCGUUCACAUAAAAUACAGAAUAGGGAACAUGGACAGUUCAGGUAGUCUUAAAGCCAAAAUAUCACAUACAUGUAAAUACAGUCUUAAGUGGGAAAUACAGUCUUAAGUGGCUAGGUUUGCCACAGUAUGGUUGUAUAUAAUGGUGGGGUUUGUAUGUAGUGUUGACGUUGAAAUGCAUGAGUGUAUUUGUGUGUAGUGUUGGCGAGAUUUUGAGAUGUCUGCACAUAUAUGGACAUACACACGUGCAGAUACAUAUACACACAAACACAGUCACACACAGAUACAUAUUGACACACAUGCAGACAUCGUGGCGACUCUAGAAACAAUAUAUAGGGGGGCACAUAAGAUACCACAGUCAAAACAGGAGGGGGAGAGGCAGCAGUAAAACUUCUAGCUAGGGGAUGGGGUAAUAUGCUGCCAUUGACUGUCUGAUGCCAGCAUGCUGGCAUCUGACUACACAUUUGCAUAUAAUUCACAUUAGCCACCCAGAUUUCUUGUUGUGGGCUGGCUGACACCUCUUCAUUUCAAUCUUUGUUUAGAUAACUCCUCUAUUUGCUAUCCUUUGUAGAAUUGCCAUAUUUAAGGACACCAAAUAAGGUGCUAUUUGCUAAACAGCACCCUCAUUUGGUAUCUUUAUGGAAAUCUCACAUACGGGCACCAAUUCAGGGAAUGAUCUACUAAACAGCUAAAGGAUUAAAAAAAUGCACUUUUCUUAUUUUCAGUUGUUUAGUAGAUAAAUCCCUUAUUUGUUAUCCUUAUGUGAACACACACACACAAUCACACACAUAAUCACAGAUAUACACAAACACAAUCACUGACCCACACACAUACAAUUACAGACACACAAUCAUUACAUACAUACACACAUUUAAUAAUUAAGAGGUGCACCCAGCCUCCCUACCUUGCUCUAGAAGGGCUGGAGUGGAUCCUCAGUCCCUGGUGGUCAGUCGUUGCUGCUGGGAUCUCUGUGCUCUUCCUGCACAGGUCCAUCGCACGCCCCGUAAUGACGCUGAGGCCACGAUGACAUCAUAUCCUGGCUGCCGGCUCACUGCAGGGCGAAGACCAUCAGACACAGUCAGAUGCACACAGUCCCACACACAGUCACUCACACACAGUUACAGGCAGACAGUCAAACACGCAGGCAAUCACACAGGCAGACAGUCACACAUACACACACAGAUUCACAGACAGUCACACCCACAAUCACAGGCAGACAGUCACACAUUCACACAACACAAUCGCAGACAGUCACAGACAGUCUCUCACACACACACCCACAAUCACAGGCAGACAGUCACACACACAGAGUCACACAGACAAUCACAGGCAGUCACACACAAUCACAGGCAGACAGUCACACAUACACACAACACAAUCACAGACAGUCACACACACACACAAUCAGACAGUCACACACACACAUUCGGUAGUUCAUUCGUCUUUUAAGGAAUAUAAUCAGGAAACACACAAACAACCAGAGACUGGCAAACAAACAGACAAAAUAGUCUAAAAUAACAAUCCAGAGGCAGAGAGGUCUGCCACAGGUGGUAUUUGUCAAAGUAACAUCCACAUGACCAGGCAACCUUCUUGCAUUGCUCCAUGGUCCAAAUCUGAUACUCAGUUCCUCAUUGAAGGUGCUUUUGGCAGUAAACAGGUGUCCUCAUGGGGACUGUGACCGGACUGCACCUACACUGCCCCAUAAGUAGAAAACUGUGCUGCACUUCUUGUUUGAAUACCCUGUUUAGCAUUAUACGCAUUAGAAUGGUAAAGUUUAGCACUCUAUACAGUGGUUUGGUCCAGUUUAGUGCCUAUAACUGCUCCCAUUUUCAGUGCUGUCAUUCAAUGAAUGUCUAUAACUGCUCUCAUUCUACUGAUGUCAAUUGAUGAGUGUCUAACUGCUCUUUUUGUACUGAUGUUGCUCUUGUCUUACCCAGGUUUCCUUGGAGUCUCUUGUUGAGAUCACAGAGGAAUUCACAGUGGAAUCCUGCCCCCAAGAUUUUACACAUGCCCAAGUGUCAAGAGUACCGUCUACUGAGGACCAAACUAAGAAAGAAGAAGAGGAAACUGAAGAGACCCCCAAACAAACAACGACAACCCAAAGAUCUUUAACAGUUUUCCAACCUGUUCCUCCUCCGCCACAGUGCCAGAAAAUAAAAAGGCCAUACCGUCCACAUCGUGGGCCACUACGUUCAGCUGGUUUGAAGGAUAUCACUAAAUCUCUUGAGGAGACAGAGAAAGAAAUGUUCCUGAAGCAGCUACUUGAAAUAAAACAAGAAAAAAAGGCUGAUAAAAACAUCCUACUGCCACCCGCCCUCUACAACAUACUGAAGAUUCAGCUGGGAAGACCUCCGCAGAAAAAGGAUGUGAUGUAUGAUGAGGCAGGCAAUGUCCUUUCUGUGCCAAAGCUUGACCCAGCCAGACUUCCAAAGCACCAUGUACACCCUCAGGUUAUAAUGAUGGGCCCAACAAAGGAGUCUGAUGAAAAAGGAAGAAAACCCUUAGUUAAAUCUGGACCAUCAACCAGCAAGCAUCUAAAAGGGAGCAGGAGAACUAUAGAAAAAGACCUUGACCUGUCUUUGAGGGCCUUCCAGCACAUUCCUUCUUCCUCAAAUUCUGAGAAGCUUGAAGAGUGGCUGUCCAAACCGUACACCUUUUCCAGCAGCACACUAGCUGAGAGUACUAGAACCCCAAUCCCACUCUCAGAUGGGAUCCCUCUGGACACCAUGCAGCUGUCCCACGGGGUGAUCCUACGAGAGAGCAACAGCACAGAGCGAGGUUCUUUCCACAGCUUGAAGCUGAGGGAGCAGCUGUGGAGAGAAGAAGAAAGGAUGUUACAACCUAUCCAAGCCUCUGCCACUCUACCUACCAUAUCUGUAGACCAACUUAUCAGGAACCACAUCCCUGAGGUGCACCCUGUGCCUCAUUUAACAUCAUAUUAA